CCACAGAUGUUAGAAAGGGGCUGUUUCUGUUUUUCUGUUUUCCAGCUGUGGAAUAAAUGUUUAAACUGAGCUUUAGAAUGAGACUAUUUCCAGUUGUUUGUGGUGAACUUCCUGUCCAGGUGUUCUGUAUCCGCAUGGUUACUGAUGACAUCACGUGAUCUUUGACCUGUGAUUGGCUGCUCUGUGAGCCAGUGAUCCUGUGGCUUUCGCUUCACUACUCUUUCAGGCUCUUCCUCACAUACAGUAGUUGGGGGCAUCGAAACAUGCUACUGCUCAUCAGGGUGAUGAAGAUGAAGGUGUCAGAACUGUUCCUGGUCCUGUCCUGGUUCUGGUCCAAUUUCUUCUGUUUUCCUGCUGAAUUUCUCCACAGUGACUUUGCCGUCAACGGCUGCUCGGACACCGACGGGGAGCUGGUGUACGGCCUGGAUGAUGAGGACACAUGGUACGCAGACUUUGUCAACGGCAGAGGAGUGGAACCUCAGCCCAGCUUUAUGGAUCACAUCAGCCACACAGGCGACAUGUACCAACAGGCUCUGGAGGGUCAGAGGAUCUGCAAGAGGAACCUGGGGCUGAGGCGUCAAGCCAUGAAGGACAUCCCCUUAAAGAACGGUGAGGAAAACCAAAUGAUUUUGUGUCUUUCUUCUCUCUCAUUUUCUUUCUGUAUACGGUUUGUUGGCUGGACUUCUUUCUUUUCAGAUCCUCCAUCCAAUCUGAUGAUCUACACCAGAGACGACCUGCAGCUCGGAGACAUGAACACCCUGAUAUGCUACGCGACUGGGUUCUACCCUGCCCCCGUCAAAGUCCACUGGACCAAGAACGGACAGAACGUGACCGAUGGACCCGUGGCUAACGUUCCCCACCUCAACAAAGAUGGUUCCUUUAAACAGAUCUUCAGACUGCAGUUCAUCCCCCAGCAGGGAGACGUGUACACCUGCACAGCGCAGCAUCCAGGCCUGGACCAACCGCUCACCAGUAUCUGGGAGGUGGACGUGCAGCAGCCCAGUGUUGGCCCUGCAGUGUUCUGUGCUCUGGGUCUGACUGUUGCUCUGCUCGGUGUGGCAGCUGGAACCUUCUUCCUCAUCAAAGGAAACUCUGAAGCUGAUUAACCACCUGAUGGGAGGAACCAUCAAGGCGUCAGCUGGAACCGGGUCUAGCAUAACUACAGACGUCUGACUUGACUCCAGCUUGUCCCUCACUGACCACAGACUUGACUUGGACACAGAAAUGUGUGACUUUUUACAAGUCCUUGUUCUAAGAACUGAGGCUUUGUGUAGGAUCCAAUGUUUGUUUUAUACAACACUGUUGUAUAUCAGGAACAGUAAUGUGAAAGGCCUUUCAACAAGUGUUCCUUAUGAUCUGUGGUUCCUACUCUGUACUUUCUGAAGUGCUGAGCAAUCUCAUCUGAGGCCCACGUGCUGACAGAGCUUGAUCUGUCAGCUGAUCUUGUUGGAGGAGAGCGUGAGUCCACUGUGUGAUCAUUAAUCAUUCUGUCUACCUCAUACUGUUAGGGCCAAAUUAGCGUUGGUCAUCAUCAAUAUUGGCUUAGUUAUUAAAGUUUGUUUCAACUAACUGA